UCAGAAUCAAAGGGGCAAGUGUGGCAGCAUCUGAACAAUCACAGUUUUAGAUAACCCCUGGAAGGCGAUCCUGACCCUGCUCCUGCCCCGCCCAUUUCAGUGAACAUGCAGGUUAAACUGUUGGCUAACUUAGGAAGUGCUGGGAAGUAGCCACAGGUGAAAGGCAUCAGUACCGGGGGAAGACAGGAAGCAAAACUUAAACAGUCUUUCAAAGUAAAACAGGGCACAAGAGAACGAAACACAGUAGUACUAACGACAAACAGACAAUGGAAGCGGAAACAAGGUGAGCAAAACAAACAGGUGGGAGGAGACCGAAGACACGAGCACAGAAACGAGACCCAAGAAAAGAUGCGAGUAAAACUGAUCAGGAGGACAAAGUGAAACCACAAACUCACAAUAACCCCGAAUAACUCAAACCUCCUGAUUUUUACGGAUUAUUGAUUAAUACACGCACACGCGCGUGAAGGGGAGCGGCUCUUUGAUCUGAGAGAAGCUCAGCUCAAAUCCGUUUGUACCGGACAGAGGGGGGAGGGGGGAGACUCCGUGACGACGCGGAGCUGCACGCGGGCUCCGGUGUUUUUCAACCAUCAGGCAUCGCAGUGACACGCGCGGUGUGUCCGUCGGGUCUGUCUGCGUCUGUCUGUCGGUAUUUUCACGUCAUGCCGCGCGCGUGCUUUCACCUUUACCGUAUUGGAGGCUGAUCUGCGGACCUCCGCGAGCUGCAGCCCGAGGAACGUGACCGGAGAGCAGAGGCUCGGUCCCGCCGGUGCGAGGAGCAGUUUACCGGAUAAACGCCGGAGGAGCUCCGCGGGUCGAUGAAGAUGCAGUGUUUCUGUGGAAGUGUCACUUUGAGUCUGCACUGAUGAAGCUGAUGUCCCGCAUUGAUGGCUGUUGAAAGCAUAUGGUGAUGUCAUCAUGAUGCUGCCAGUCACCAGGUUUAAAGGUCAGCCAGCUGGCAUGGUAACCACCACCACACCCUGGCUGUCUGUAAGCACUGACCCUUCCCCCCAGUGGCUGUGGUUGGCCAGCUGGUCAGCUGCAACAUAUCAGGCCAUGCCUCCUUUGGUGUUCUACCCCCCAGCUGUGUGGAUACCUGAGCACGCACAACUGAUGCAGUGGGAGCGUCCAGCAGUUGAAGUUGUUCCUCUCGUCCAGCCGUUUUAUCAUUCUUCACCUCUUCACCAUCAUUGUCAUCAUCGUUUCCCAAAGUUGCAGAUCACUGAUACCUGGUUCUCACCAGAGGAAGUGGGGGUGUUUCCAAGGAGACAGAAGCGCCUCCUAUUAACCAAUCGGAUAAUCCCGAGAUCACGCGGACACACCUCUACGGCUAACCUGCUGUUUUUCCCUCCUCAGCUCUCAGGUCACAUCAGGAGAGACAACACAAAGACAAGAGAUGCUGAACCUGAAGACUCUUCUUCCUCCUCGCUCCCACUACACCUCCUGUCUUUGUCUCCUCUCCCCACAGCUCCUCCUCCAUCGGAGUACCCGGAGAGAACCCACACAAACAUGGGGAGAACAUGCAAACUCAACCCAGAAAGACCCCAGCCUGAUGAUGUAAUGUACUGUGAAUUGACUGGCCUUCACAAGCAGAGACACAAGGAGGUGUGGCAUCUCAUUCUACCCAAUCAGCAUCGAAGAGUGACAUGGCUCCAGCCAAUGAUAAGCUGUGAAAGAAGACCAACACCACCCAUGCAGCAGUGUGUUUCUGGACCUGUUCGUCCCUCUCAGCUCUGCACUGAAAAGUGUCCUGUGUUACCUCUCCAGGUGAUCAAAGAAGUUCAACCUUUUUUUUCUUCACAAUUUUCUUCCAGAUUCACUUUGCUGACAAACUACAGACACAGGAAACGAGGAACGGGUGGAGGAAAGCUUUCCUAUCAAAGAGCGUUAUUGCUGAGGACAAAGAAACCAGAAGACAGACAGUGUGUCAGUGCGUCUGUACACAAAGAAGAGGACGAUGAUGAUGAAGAGGAGGAGGAAAUAAGAGAAGGAAGACGGAAAGACAAGCGCCCUGUCGCCUCAACUCCUGUGCCUGGGUCCCCAUGGUGUGUGGUCUGGACUGGAGAUGAUAGAGUUUUCUUCUUCAAUCCCACAAUCCAUCUCUCUGUGUGGGAGAGACCGGGAGAGCUGAUUGAUCGAGACAUCAGCCACAUCAUCGAGGACCCGCCCCACAAGAGAAAGAAGACCUUACCUUCAGAAAUCAGCUCUAGCUGUCAAUCAACUGGUCUCCAUAGGAAUGAUGAAGAUGAAGAUGAUGACCUUAAACACAGCAACAAGAGGAACAGAACAGAGGAGUCGAUGUCUCUUGUUCCCCAUCCAGGAGGGGUUCAGCUCCUCCCACUGGAACUCCGGAUCGCUCACUUCAAGGAAAUGAUGCUGGAGAGAGGGGUGUCUGCAUUCUCCACCUGGGAGAAGGAGCUUCAUAAGAUGGUAUUUGACCCUCGAUACCUGCUGCUGACUUCAGAUCAGAGGAAACAGGUGUUUGAUCAGUUUGUGAAGAGCAGGAUGAAGGAUGAGUACAAAGAGAAGAGGAGUAAAUUGCAGAAAGCCAGAGAAGAGUUCAAACAGCUGCUGGAGGAAGCAAAGAUCACCAGCAGAACAACUUUCAAGGAGUUUUGUGUUCGUUAUCGGGAUGACCAGCGAUUCAGCAUUCUCACCAGGAAGAAGGAACAGGAAGUACUCUUUAGCCAUUACAUCACAGCCUUAAAGAAACGAGAGAAAGAGAACAGAACCAGACUGAGGAAGAUGAGAUGAGAACAUGUCUAAAAAGAACCUUACAGAACCAUCUACAACCUUUAUAGAACACUUUUAGGUCCUUCAAAUCUUCAGAAAGCCUUCUGGGAACUCCUGUCUCACUGCACUCAUGCCUCCUGAUUCCUGGUUUUAGACUCUCAUGUUUUGUUUAACAAAGUGAACCAGGACUAUCAAACUGUCUGUGGUUUUGUUGGACAAACCUGAAUGGGACCAGAACCAUCAUUCUCGGUAGAUUCGCAUGGUUCUAGACUUUGUUUUGUAAAUUGUCAGGUCAGUAUGAACCUGAAACAACAUUUGACCAUUUUCUAGGGUAAACUGCACUUCGUCAUCUGGAUCUGCUGGACUGGAUUUAAUUCAUAGUCUCAUUCAUCCUAACUGACAGAAACGAAAACCAGAGCACAAAAACAAAUGUUGUCCAUCUGUCUGACUGUUUCUUUGUCCUGUAAAGACCAUUCAUUCAAUCAAACUUGAUCAACACUGCAGCUUCCUAGACUUAAAAAUGGACCAUAAUAACAGAUUAAAAACAAUAACAAGUAGAUAAAAGACCAUAAACAAAGAGAUUAGUGAAUAAACACAUUUUAAGCCAGAAGGGCACUCUGAGGGCAGAUAACUGUGUAAAGACAAAUACUGAACUAAUCUACAGACAAACUCAGAAAACCCAAACUUCAUCUGUGUAAUCUGAGAAACAAACAAAAAAACCAAAAAGGAAUGAAUACAUGAGCUCUUUAGAGGCUCUACCUCCUCUGUAAAGGUAAGCACGAAUGUAAAAACAAUGAGAACAGUGAGCCACAAUCCUCUGACCUUUCAUAUGUAAAGGGAAAAAUGUGGAUGAUAUGAUAACAUCAAGCUUGCAAAUAUCAGCGAGUUUAGUCAGGUCCUGAUAAGUGGAGUGCUUCUAGGAACCAGACUCAGCAACCCUGAAGACUUGGUGUCAGGUACCACAAGGAACCUUAGAGGUCACAUCCAGGCCCAUGGAGUCCUGCUGUGCAGUGUGCUGGUCUUUGGAUUCUUGGUCUGUAGAGUCCACGUUUUGUGGAGUCCAGGACUGCAAAACCCAUGUCUAUGGGAUUAAUGUUUAUGGAGUCUACGUCUAUGAAGAUCUGACCUUGGUGGCUCUCAGCUUUUGCAGGUGUUUUUAAUAGUGUGUUUUCUCUUAAGUGUGUGUUUACGGUGUGAUCCCUUAACUUCAGUUUGUGUUUGAUUUCUGGAAACAAACCCAUAGACCCCAUUAAGAAAUCUGAAUUUUACAAGUUUUCCAGAAUUUUUUCUCAGCUGCUGUAGAAAAUGGCAAACUAGGAAACUUGACAGUUUGAUUGGCCAUUUGAUGUACUCUGGGAGUUGAAGGGGAUGUUGGUGUAGCUCCUUCAGUUUCUCAAAACGCCACCUGAUUACUAACCGAGAGUGAAAUUAUCAAGGGCUCAAAAUGUCAUAAACAGGAAGUGACAACCCUUCUCAACAGAUCACAUGAUGUUAAACUGCGCUUUGGGACUAUUUGCCACUGACUUGAAGUCUUCCAGACUCUCUGCUCACACAGUAGAUAAAACACAAUAAUGAUCAAUGUUUUUUCUUUAGACGGUAUGAUUAAUAAAAUUGUUAGUAAUAAUUUUACACUGUAAGAUUAAAAAUAAAUCAUUCUGCAUUCCUUUAACAUCUUUAUUUCUGGCAAGGUCAGUUCUUUCUUACAAAUCUUUGUAUACAUUUUUACAUUUUUUCAGGGUUCUCGUCGUUACUUGAUACUUCUUGUCACAGCACUAUAAACUGUAUGUAAUUUUCUGUCUGUAAAAAUGCUGAAUUACAAAAAUGUCCGUGUGAAUCCCUCAUGGUGAUCUGAUGUCACCGUCUUAGCAACAAAACACUUCAACACCUGAGUGCAGAGACCCCAGGAACAGGAACAGGAAGCACCUGCUCACACUGUUGGCCCUGAGGACUUGGCCAGCAGAGAGACAGUCCCUCAACCACCAUAUGUGCACCUGUUGGUGAGCAGCUCAGCUGACUCACAUGUCCUUUCUGAACAGUUUCACCUGACCCAGCUUCAUUUAUAAAGUGUGCUUCUGUUUGUGGUCAACAAACAAACAAACAAAACCUAUUUGAUGUAAUCCCUGCCCUCACCAGUGGGCACGGUGAGCUGUCGUUGGGCAGGCUUUGUGUCCCGAUGUACUGAUUGGGUGGUUUUUUUGUCUUCUCAUUGGAUGAUGUCUGUGUUGAAAUGAUCUGUGUGUUCUGAUGUUUCAUUGGCUGUUGGUCCUGCCGUGUU